AUGAACCAUCAGGUGGUGACCGACUACACCGACGUCAACACAGAAAACUCGUCGGUGUGCGUCUACGUGAGGGCUCGACCGCCUGACCCAAGCUGGAGUCCGCAGGAUGACGAUGCCUCUGUGGAGGACAAGUUCCAAAACCCAUUGCAGGCUACCCUUGCGGGCCUGUCGCCAAAAAGUAACUCCGGCGGCCAGUCUGCUACGCCGCAAGCCACGAGCAGUGCGUUCAUCACGAACUUUCCAGACAACCCGAAAAAGAUCUGCAUCAAGGACCCCGCUGUCCAGGGCUCUGCCAAGCACCACGGGGAGAUCUACUUCUCCUUCGACAGGGUCUUCUGGACAGAGUGUUCCCAGGAAGAGAUUUUCCAGGCCGUCGCCAAGCCCCAGGUCGAAAACAUACUCGGCGGUUUCAAUGGGUGCUGCUUCGCUUACGGGCAAACCGGCUCUGGGAAAACGUACAGCAUGUUCGGAGAGGGAGCCGGGAAUUCGCGAGGAAUGAUUCCGAGGUGCAUGGAGGAGGUUUUUGCCCAAUUGGAUAGAAAAGCCAAGGAGGAAAAAGAGGUUGCUGUCGUCGUCUCGUUCUUGGAAAUUUACUGCGACCGCGUCAGGGAUCUGGGAGAGGCGUUCAUGUCUCAGGGGCACAGGAAGGUAGAAGGGCUCAGGACGACAAGCGACGUCCACCAACAGAUGAAGUCGUCUCGAGCGGAGAGUUUUCAGCCGCGCAACAAGCACGGGAGUGGCAAUAUCCACCCAGGGGGCGGCGGCAGUGGUGGGGUGUGGGACUCCUACCCGUCGAUGGACCUUAAGAUACACGAAGACGUGCAGGGAAACGUCUUCGUCAAGGACCUCUCCCUGAUCCCGGUAACCACCUUGGAAGAAGUGCUGGAGAUCAUCAGCCUAGGGCUGAAAGUUCGGGCGACACACGAGACAAAGAUGAACCAGGUUUCAAGCAGAAGCCACACUGUUUUCACCGUGACCGUCGUGCAGAAGGACCCCUACACGGAUGAGACGACGACAGGCAUGCUCAACCUCGUUGACCUCGCCGGGAGCGAGCGGCUGAAGAAGAGUGCGUCGGAAGGCCAGCGGAAGACAGAGGCCCUCCACAUCAACUCGUCUCUCACGGCGCUGGGCAAGGUAGUGAUGGCCCUGGACCCCAGCUCGGGACUGACCCACAUCCCCUACCGAGACUCCAAACUCACUCGCCUGCUCCAGAACUCCCUGGGGGGCAACAGCUUCACGGUGGUGCUGGCGACGGUGCAUCCUAUCGCUCGGUUUUCGGAAGAGUGCCUGAGCACGCUUCAGUUCGCCAACCGGUGCCGGAGCGUACACAACAAUCCCCGGGUGAACAAGCUUGGGGACGGUCCAGGGGGCGAUCAACGCAAGCUGAAGAAACUUCAGGAUGAGAUACAAUCGCUGAGGUCACGACUAGGCAACGGGGGCUUGGGAGCCGACGGCCCUGGGGGGGUCAGUGCAGAGGCAAACUCCCGCGUGUUGGCGGUGCUCGCGCAGAUGGGACUUGCUGACGCCAUGCAGCUUCCCAACGGCUCCAUCCGCCUCCCCGACGGUCGCAUCGUCGGGAACUUCGGGCUCGAUGGCGAAGGGAGCGGCGGCGACGCCAGCAACUCUAUGGCAAGCGUUGGGGGGGCGGGGGGUGGGGGCGGCAGGGGGGCGUACGCGAGUGGAAUCCUGAAGGGCGUGCCGCCCGGCGUGCGGACUAUGGUGCAGGGACUGGAAGGGGAAGUGCGCGGCCUCAAAAAGAAACUCAAGGAGCGCAAGAAGGAGGUGAUGAGUAUCCAAGCCCAGCUCGAGGCGCGGCGGGCGGUCUUCGUGGAGAGUGAAAAGGAAUCGAAGAGGCGAGAGACCGAACUCGCGGAACAGCUUACAGUUGUUCAGGCCCAGCUAUCCGAGGUCAGGGCGGCGGCAGCUCGGACCAAGGAAGACCAGCUGAACACGGUGCUGGCAGGGAGUCAGUCUCUCCUGAAGCGGCAGCGGCGAAUGCUCCUCAACGCAACGGGGCAAUGUUGCACUGAAGAUGGGGAAGUCAGGGCUCAGGACGCCAGAGAACGAAAGGCAGAGGCGCGCCGGCACGCGCAGAGCCUGCGAGCGCUCGAGUUCAGCAAGGAGGUUGAGACCGAAAAUCUGAGGCAACAAUGCGAGCAGCUCGUACAAGCGGAAGCCGAAGGGCGAGCUCUGACCAAGACGAAGCUGGACAAUCUCAGGGCUCGCCGGGAUCGAGAGGUGAGGGAGUUGUCGGUAGAGCUCCUCCUCCUUCACGAUCACGCCUUGUCGUUGCACGAGACCAUCCGCUCGGCCGGCUUGGCUCCUUCCUCCUCCUGCGAAGUCAUCUCAACGCUCGCCGGUGGUGCUGGCAAGAUCGGCACCGAAGGACAAGCUUUAGUGGCAAGCGCCGUGGCCGCUCCCCCCACCGAUGAAGCCCCAGCCGCGAAAGGCUCUCCUCCACCGAUCCAACCAUCGUCCACGUUGCUUCAGUCGGUGUCUCUGCCUUGCCUCUCGAGGCUUCUCGAGGCGAGAGGGGCUGCCGCGCCAACCUUAACGCAAGGCCUGGACGGCUGCCACCGACUAUCGAAAUCCCGAUCGGGGGCUACGUUCGUCCAGGACGGCGGCGGCGGCGGCGGCACCUACCACGACUGUGACGACAACAACGAUCGCCUGCGAGCAAGCACAACGACAGCGAAGCGCACUCGGACGAGGCCGGCAUCGGCAGGGGUAGCGAAGAGGGGAAUGGGAACUUCGGGCACGGUUUCUCCAUCUUGUGACCCAGGUCUUGCCCGCGGGGCGGGGAAGUUGUUGGGGGGCGGGGUUCAUCCUGUCUCCGCGACCAGAGUAAACACGAAGGCGGUCAGAUCGGGGGGCGCUCGUCCAGAGGUAGAGAGAAUUCGACCUGUGAGUGCUCCCGGGCGUCGACUAGCAGGGACAUCAAGCGGACGCGAAGGGCUGUCGACGCUUGGAGAUCGGCAGCACCGGGAGAGGUUCAAGGGGCCGAUCGGGGUGGACGUUCGGGGCGGGAGCUCUGCGGUAGCAGCGGGUCGUGGGCAAACAACGCUCCUUGGCGGGUGGAGCGCGCAAGACGUCAUGGACAGACCUGUUGGGGAGCUUUCGCGAGGCGGGCUAUUUUGCAUCGUGAGAGCGCUUCGAGAGAAGGUGGCAGCAGGUGGUCGCGACAACCAGGGAGUGCCGGAGGUAGAUGAGGUGAGGAACGCGCGCGUGGAAUAG